CUCUUGCGACGAUGCGAGCCUUGUACUUGUCAGGCUUGAGGGCAAAUACCCAUCUGCAUGAGAUGAUCUUGGUCGUUCAAAGUUGUUUUUGUCCAUGUAUGGCAUCAUGAAGGGUGGUCAACACAGAUCUCACUUCGGUGAUGGCUGAUAAGAUCGUGUCUCCUCAGAAUGCUUUCCUUGUCUUUCCUUGUCUUCACCUCUCUCUCUCCGUUACACAGCAAUCUACCCUAGCUCACAAGCUCGCAGUGGUUCGUCUUGCCAAGCUGGCAAUCCUGACAAUGGAGUCAUGGUGCAGGAUGCACGCAUGCACGCCGCCUUCAAGCUGCUGCUGGGGUGGCGUGUCUGCGCCGUUGUGUGCCUGCCUGCCUGUAUGUUGCCGUCGUUCGCAGCGCAUUGCAUAUCCUCCUGUUUGCUGCAUCUGCCCUCUGCGUGCUGCGUGUUGCGUGUCCGGGUUGCAUGUUAGGGUGCGUGUUUUCAUGUUGGACAGACCGGCAGGGGACUUGGCCGCUAGGCCGCCUAGGGUGCUCCCUGAAACCGCUGCUGCUGAAGCGGAGAAAGGGAUAUUUCCCGCCGCGGCGCCAUGUCUGAUCCAGUAGUAGAGGGGAUGCAGCAGCAGCAUGAUGAGGACCUGCCGCCGCGGGAGGAGGUGACUGACCCUCCGAGGGAGGAGGAGGGCGAGAACGGCCACGCACCCCACACCGGCGAGGCGCCCGAUGAAAAGACCCACCGUGACGAUGAGAAGGAGGACCGAGACCACCCUCCCCGCCGUGACGAUGAGGACCAGGACAGGGACCGGCCUCGCGAGAGGGUCUCCGAGGACGAAAGGCGCCGCACGCGCACCAUACUCAUCCGCAACAUGGUGAGUGGGUGUCUCCAGGCGGACGGCUGCAUCCUAUCCUCGCGGAUGUGUUGUGCCGGUGUGUGUGUGUGUGGAUGUGUAUGUAUCAGGCGAUGGAGACUUCUCCGGGUGAGUUGCGUCGGAUCUUCAGCAAGUACGGUGAGAUCAAGGACGUCUACAUCCCACUCGACGUCUACAGACGCGUCCCGCGCGGAUUCGGAUUCGUCGAAUUCGCUGAAGAGAAAGACGCGCGCGAGGUCAGUCAAGGCAUUCAUUCAGCGGGCGAGGGAGGGAUGGCUUGGUCGGCUCAUAUGUGUGUGUGUGUGUGUGUGCAGGCGAUGGCUGACAUGACGGGUCGCCGCAUCGACGGCAAGGAGGUGGAGAUCGUAUACGGCAACGCCCGCCGCAAGACGGUCGGCCAACACAGCAUAGCCUAGCAUAGCACGCAUGAAUGAAUGAAUGAAUGAGUGGAUGAGUGCACUCAUUCUCACGAUAGAUACUUGACACUCAUCCAUCCACUCCAUCUGCCUGUUGGUUGCUCCGUGUGUGCAGAAGGAUGAGAUGCGCAACAGCGAGCGCAACCGCGAACAAAACCGAUGGGGCGGGGGAGGCAGGUAACAACUGCACACACACCUACACCUGAGCGCCGAGCACUCGCCGUAUGUUAUGUGUGUGCAUAUAUACCCAUGCCCAUGCAGUUACGACCGUCGUGACCGCUACUACGGUGACAGAGGAGGGGGUGGGGGCUAUGGGCGUGACUCCAGGGGCGGCGGUGGGUAUGGGUCUGGUCGUCGUGGUUACACGGACGACUUUGACGAGACGGACCGUCUCCGAAAUCAGUACAAGUACUACGACGCCGACCGCGACAGAGACGACAGGGACCGGGGCAGGGAGAGGGAGAGAUCUCGCGACAGAUACGAGUGAGUACGUGAGGGACGUCCACAAUGAAUACGACUCGGGGGGGUGUUGGUCUUGAAUGGCCGCUAUGCUCUCCCUUUGUGUGCUUGUGUGUGUGUGCAGCCGCUACGAUCGCCGUGACGACGACAGACGACGCGACGACCGAUAUGACCGCGACAGACGGUGACCGUCUGAUCUGAACACGCCACAACCUCACAAGGAAUCACCAGCUCAUGUGUCUGUCUGCGUGUGUAUGUGUUCUCAGUGAGCGUGACGAUCGCAUGAAUGGGUACCGCGACUAGAUCCAACACACAG